GCUUUUUAUGAAACUAUUGGUUCAAAGAAACACUUUUCGAUUAUUAUAUUUAUUUUUAUAGUUUUAUGAUUAACUUCAACAGAAUGAUUUAACCUUAUUAGCAUAUAAAACAAAUAUAUUCAAUGAAAAUAAUGUCAUAGAUACUACUCACAAUAUUAAAAUUUAAUUCAAUAAUUAUUUAAUCGUUGUUAUACUAUAUUAUAUACUACUAUCAUCAUGAUUUUGAUUAUAUUUAUUACAGUAUUAUUUCCUGUUUUCUCUAAUUCAAUAAAUAAUACAAUAAACCAUGAUGUUUCUAUGGAAUUACAUUCUAUUAUACGACCUGAUAUUGAAAUCUCUGUAAUUAUUAUGGCAUGUUUAGUAUGUUGUAUUGUAACAAUUGGUAUAAUAGGUAAUGUAUUAGUUAUAUGUGUAUUAACAUGUAAUCAAACACGUAUGGUUUAUGAAACAUUUUGUGUUGGUUUAGCAGUAACAGAUUUAAUUUAUUUAACAAUGACAAGUCCUAUAACUGUAAUGCAAUAUUUUUUAAAAAGUUGGAUAUUUGGUAUAUUUUGGUGCAAAGUAUUCAAUUUUAUUGUACAAGUGACGGUGUUUUCGUCAGCUUUCAUGUUACUUGGCUUAACAACAAGUCGAUUUUUAGCUGUUGUAUUACCGUGGCAAAAUUUAAAAAUGACAGAGGUUCAAGCUAAAUUAGUGUGUUUUGGAGCAUGGCUAGUUGGAAUUAUAUUUGCUUUACCAAUAAUCAUAUUUCAAGUAUUAAUACCAGCACCAAGGGAUGACAUAUUACCGGAUAAUAUCACAUUACUUAGCACUACUUCUACAGAUAUACCAAAUAAUACUUAUUAUCUAACAGAGAUACCACAAAUAUAUACUUCAACAAGUAAACAAACUCAUGAUUUAAUUACAACACAUCUUAAUAUCAACAAUAAUAAUAAUAAUUACAAUCAAGAAGUAUUUUGUCGAGAACAAUUUCCAACUCAAUCAAGUCGUAUGGGUUAUCAACUUUUUGUUCUACUCUCAACUUAUGUACUUCCAUUUGCAUGUAUUCUAAUUUUAAAUUCUUGUAUUGUGCUAAAAUUAAAACAAAAAAAUGUGGCAGAACGAGAAACAGGUCAAUUAAAACGUACUUCUUUGCAUGACAAUUCCAUUUAUACAAGAAACAACAAUAACAGUGUUACCAAUAAUAACAGUAACACUAAUGAAUCAUUUAAUUCAAGUCAAAAAUCAACAAAGAAACGAAGAUUAUUUAGUAUACAACAACAGUGUGGAUCACAUAGGUUUGACGAUAGACAUGAAAAUAUAUCCCACAAUUAUGACAAUCAUCCUCAUCAUCAUCGCCAACAACAACGCUUAGAACAACAAUUAUCUGAUGAUACUACGAUAUCAGAUUAUAAUACUAGUACAACUAGUAAUAUUGGAACUGGGCAUCGUUCUAGUACAAAAAAUUGUAUACAAAAGUGUGAUUUCCAUGAAAAUAUACAACAAAAUCCAAAUGAAUUGAUACGUGCUACACGAGAAUUAAAGAAAAAACGUUUACGUUCUAAAGCGACUAAACUGGUUGUAUUAGUCACUACAUUAUGGGGUGUAUGUUGGCUACCAACACAUAUAAUUAAUUCAUGGUUCUUUUUUGAUGAAGCUAGUUUUCCAUUUGUACCAGCAAUGAAAAUAGCAAAACUAUUAUCACAAACAUUAUCAUUUGCUGCAUCGUGUGUAAAUCCCGUUGUGUAUAGUAUAUUGACUGGAUCAUUUAAAACAGCUUUGUCAAAUCGUUUACUACGUUUUAGAAAGCGUAAUAAACGAAAUGAUCAUACAAAAACUGAAAUAUUAUACAUUACUGAAUGAAUAAAUUAUAUAAUAUUAUUACACAUAGACUAUUAUUACUGUUAUGCAUUAUUGAUGGUAUUUAAUAUUUUUUAUUACAGUUAUUUAAGAGCAAACAUGUACAAUUUCUGUACCACUGAUAAACUCAACAUACAACUGAUCAAAUAAACAUACAUAUAUACAAAUAAACAAACAAAUUAGAAACGAAAUUUAAAGUUAUCUAGUAUAACUCUUUAUUCAAAACACAAUAUUUCCAAAUGUUCAUCUAAAAUAACCUCAUAUAAACUCUUUAUUCCACUGUGUGUACAUUUUACUUUUUAAAGCUUAGAUCCAAAAACAAACAUUUUCUUCAUAAAUGUUACUUAUAAUCUAUAAUCAAAACAACUUUGUAAAAUUCACUUGAUAUUCUUUACUUGAAUCUUCCCAUUGAUGUUUAAGACUGCAAUUGAUCAGUCUGUUAUUGGUAUAUGUGCAUACUGUGAGUAUUGCUUUAAUUCACAAGCAAUAUAAGCAAAGAUGGAUAAUGGCUAGCAUUCGAAUCCAGGACGAGUGUUUCGUCCUAUUUGGGACACGUCAGCUCGAUGUACCUGCACCUCAGAGUUGAUGUUCACUCUGUGACUCGAACCCAAUACCGUUCGCUUCAAACGCCGUCGCGUUAUCCACUUAGCUACUGAGUAAAAUGAUAGCAUAUAAUAAAACGUACAAGAGUAAACUAUGAAUAGUAAUAGAAAAUUUUAAACUCAGUUGUAUGGCUUCUGCAUGCAAAUUAUUAUGGUUAGUUCUGAUAGGAAAUACAAGAGAAUAAAUUAUAUCCGAUAAAAUAAGAUUAUUUGAAAUUCCUUUUCGCAUUAUAAAUCAUUCUUUAGUUUUAAAAAAAUAGUUUCUUCUCGAUUUAAGUGAGUAGUUUAUACAAGGUGAAUCACAUCUGUUUCGACGAGUGUGUUCAACAAUACAUAAAUUGUAACAGUGUACUUGAAGGCUAGUUUCAGAGUGCAGUAGCGUUAAUAUAACUAAUAAUCAAUAAAAUAAGAGGCUUGCAAAUAACUAUUAUUAACUGUUACACUGAUACUCAAGUUCACAGUUAUAUAACAUACCCUUAUAGGCUAGAGUAAUUUUAUAUUGGUUUUCAGGAUAACCGGACACCACCCAGACUUUCACGUGACAACCCAAACAGUACAGCUUAAUCCCGUUUCUCAGGAGAGCCAGACACCUCCCAGGCUCAACUCGAGCAGUACAGCUCACAUACAGACACCAUAUAGGCUACAAUCUGAAUAGUACAGCUCAAUCCUGUGGCGCAAUGACACAGGUACCCAACACCCUGGUGGACCAUUCGCAUCAUUCAUACACACCACAUAUAUUAUUCCGAUCAUUGAUUGCGUGAAUCAAUCACACACAGCACGAACAGGCCAAAGUUGACCUAUUCGGUUUACGCGACAAUCAAACUCAUUAAUGUUAGCAAUGGUGACAUGCCUUAAAAUGACCCAAUGACAAUGGCCCUUGAAAACACUGAAAAGUAACCACCAGUAUAAAUGAAAUCGGUUAAUCAGCAAACCAAUUUUGAGUAUGAACAGUCAUCAAAACUUGCCAGAGUUGUUAUAUCCCAGUGAAGAUUAAAUUACAGGUAACUUCCGAGGACUAUUAAUUGACUAAUAUUCUAUAAAUAUUCUCAUUGUAUAAUUCUUCAAUAAUCAGAUUAUGUAUAUUUGUAUUCUUCUUAUUAUAAGCUUUAAUUUAACCCAUAGACUAUUACUACAUGAUUUAUCAUUCUUGAGUUACGGCCUGUCUAUUAAUUACUAUCUCCCUCAUUCACAGCCACUUUUUGGCUCUAUUGUGUACACAUGUUAUUUUCUAUUUUAUGGUACGUUGUGGUCUGUCUGGUUGAUAUAUAAACCGAGUAUGUUUGAAAUAAAUGAUUCAUAUUGCA